AUGUGUUUGAAGGGAUUUGUGAGCCCUUCACAGUCCGGACGUCUGAACAGGCAGCUGAACUACAGGAAAAACCAGCAGUUCUGGGAGCAGGGUCUCACCUGCAGCAUGGUGUCCAUCACAUCUGCCCCCUGUGUCCUGCAACUGGCCCUCAGCCUCCUGCUCCUGACCCGCCUCAGCACGGCCCAGAAUCCCUCAGUGUCGCAGGUGUCUGGACAGGGGGAGGCGUACAUAGACCCCACCAGACUGCUCAACCAGACACAGUACACAGAGACCACCCAGAACACUCCCCUUGAGACUGGCCUGUCCACACCCACCAGCGGAGGGGACUCUGAUGACGAGGACAGCCCCCCAGUGGGAGGGACCCGCUGUCAGGGUUACUAUGACGUGAUGGGGCAGUGGGACCCUCCGUUCAACUGUAACGCAGGGGUCUUCUUGUACUGUUGUGGCACCUGCUUCUACCGCUUCUGCUGCCAGUUCCGACAGCAGCGUCUGGACCAGACAAUCUGCAACAACUACGACACGCCCAUCUGGGCCAACACCGGCAAACCCGUGGCCACCAUCACCGAGGGCCAGGGGGACCAGGACCGAGACCGCACUCACCUCAUCGUCUACAUCAUCUGUGGCGUGGUGGCCAUCAUGGUGCUGGUGGGCAUCUUCACCAAGCUGGGCUUGGAGAAGAGCCGCGGGGGCAGCGGAGGAGCUGCAGCGGCUCAGGCAGACCUCAACACCAGACUGCUGACAUGGAAGCAGAGCCCGAUCAACUCUCGCAAAUCCCAGCGCAGUCUGAGUCAGCUUUUCAAAGUUCCAAUCCGCAUGAUCCACGGGCGGGCACACCUCCUUAAUGCCUCCAGCGGCUCCUCUGCGGGCUCCGUGUGCCGCCUGCAGCGCUAA